UCUCGUAGUCUUGAAUGUUCUGGAAUUACGAAGUCGAAUAUGUGGUAUGAUAAUAUGAUUUGGGCCUUUUGCGAGCUAAUGCAGGGUAUAUGUACGUGAAAGCACCGGAAGUCAUCGCAUGUCACGUCCGCUCCGAGAAGACGUCCGUUGGGGGAUUUGAGGUAUUUGAUGAUGCGCGCCUCAGUCCGCUUUGAUAAGCAGGACCAUUUGCUCCUAUGAUGAUGAUAGGAGGCUCAUGGGUAUGCAUAUACAUAACCUCCUAACCUUCAAGUCAAGUCUAACAAUGUUGAUCCAAGUACCACUCUUCUCAGAGUCGUUAUCUCAAAUCGAGCGACCAUUGCCUCCUUCAGAUCCACCAACCAGUCAAGACAUUGUAUAUGCAAUUAUCCUCCUUGAGAAGGUGAAGGAGUUUUUUAGCCCCCCCUCAUUCAAGAGAAAACUGCGCCGGGACUACUGUAUGGCCACUGUCGACGACCUCGCGAAAGCGCAGCUGUAUCUACACAAGGUGUGCAGCGCAGCCACAGCUGAGACAGGUGGAAAUCAUGUCAUUUCGCAUCUCGUUGAACCCAUGCAUAGAAGGCUUGACCAGAUGGAUGAAACACUGGUUCGGACGAUGAAUAAUUCCAGGAUUCACGGUCUGGAGCAACGGCUCGACUCUGAUUCCCAAGUAAGUGAGCAUCCACAGAGGCCCGGUCAUCCAGAGGGGUCACCGGUUGAAAGCACACUGGUUAUAUGACAAGACACACCCUUUCAACGACUUACAAUUGUACCACCAAAUUCCGAUCUCGUGGGGCCGUGAGGAUAAAGACCCAGAGCACUUUAAAUUGCCGCCUUUACGCACGAACAACGACUUCACCAACCUCCCCGGUCAUCAAUUGGACAAUUAUCUUUAUUACUACAG